CACAAGAAAAUAAGACGUUUAUUCACUCAAGUGCGAGUAUUUACAAUACAGACAUCAAUUUGAUAUUCAGUUUGACUGAAAUCGUGAAGAAUGGCAAAUCGUUUCAUAUUUUUGUCCAUUUUGUGUGGACAUCUUUUGUAUACAGUGAAUUGUUUGACACCUAUACAAAGUAGCCCCAACGUAGCGCCAUUUCUCACCUAUCUUUGUGAUGAUGAUUUAUUGAAAAGCGCGGUCAACAAGGUGGAGCACUUGAAUCUCAAAUUAGAAAACUGUAAUCUACGCAUGCAAAGUGAGUUAAUGGCAAUGAAGGAGCAACUUUUACGUGAACAGAAAACGAACCUAGAAUUAUUUGAAUUGAAAAUUACAGCUAAUAUUCGCACAUUAAUCGAACAAAAUGCGAAAAUGUCUUUAAGUAAUAAAGAAAGCAAAAAUUUGGAGACAGCUCACCAUGUGACCAAGAAGCCCUCUUCUUGUACUGAAGCUAUGCGUAAGGAAAACGGCAAAUAUGCAGCGAGCGGCGUUUAUGAAAUUCACUUGCCACAAUUCUUCCAACGCCCUUUCCAAGUUUAUUGUCUUCUUGAUCCUAAUAACGGCCAACCAUGGACUAUAAUUCAACGUCGACAAAGCAACGACACCGAUUUCUAUCGUGGUUGGAUUGAGUAUGAACGCGGUUUCGGCGAUUUGAAUGCGAAUUUCUUUCUCGGCUUAGAUAAAAUACAUGCGCUGACACAUUCGCAAACACAUGAGCUUUGGUUUCAAUUAGAGGAUUUUCUAAAUGAGAAACGUGUUGCUAAGUACGAGAGUUUCGCCAUUGGCAAUGCUCAGGAAAAAUAUGAGUUGAGUGUUCUGGGUCAAUAUUCGGGCACGGCUGAUGAUUCGUUCACUGGCCACCGUGGUGAAAAAUUCACCACAAAAGAUAGUGAUAAUGAUAAAUGGGAUCCGAACUGCGCGGUAAAAUUUACGGGAGCUUGGUGGUAUAAUGCAUGUCAUACGAGCAAUCUGAAUGGACUAUAUUUAGAAGGAGUUUUAACAGAAGAACAAUAUGCCAAAGGUAUGGUGUGGCAUACCUGGCGUGGACUUUAUUAUUCACUCAAAUAUGUUCACAUGGCGAUAAGGCCAACGUAGUAUCUCACUUAAAUAUUUGUUCCUAUUAUGCAUAUUGCUUUUGAAUUUAAUUUUGAUCGCUUUUGAGUUCGAAAAUAGUGAUUUUAUUUCUCCAGGAUCAAGAGUAGUUCAAACUACAAUAAAAUCUUUUUUUAACGGUAGGAAUGUUUCUAAGAAAACUGUGUAAAUCAAAAUCGUGUAAAAAAUACCCGAUUGAUAUGUAAAUUUGGGUAUCUGUUCCACAACCUUGAAAAAUCGUGUAAAAUUAAAAUAAUUCAAAUAUGUUUCUUCAAUUGAAAUUAAAAAAAAAUGAUAAUCUAUAUAAAUUUAAACAAACGAAAAUAUUUUAAAACCAGCAUUUUGCAUUUGAUAAAAAGUUGAUAAUGCACGAUGUGACCAUUUCUCAGUGAGUGUGGAUUAAUGAAAUGAAUUUAGAAA